AUAUUUUGUGGGAGAUGCCCUCAUGUGUCGCACAUCUAUGACGUCAUUUUGUUCGUCACGCGGUUCAUUCAGACGGUCUUCGCUCUGAAAAUUGUUCUCCAUUUCUUCAUCGACGAAGAACAAGACGCAUGAACUCAUGAACUUAUACAAUGUUCUUCAGUCUGCUGCUUCUGUUUGGUCUCAUCUAUCACAGUCACAGCGGAAACAAAAAUCUACCAGUGACAGGAAAAAGAGACGGCAAUCUCACUCUACUGUGUGAAAUUGAGGACAAACAGAUUUUACAUGUUGAGUUAUUUAGUGAGUCAGGAACCAUCGAUGUCUGUCAGACUGAAGGAUGUAGUGAACGAGUAUCUAAAACAGCAGCAUGUGACGUCCUCAUCAAGAAUCUGAGCUUCAGUGACGCUGGGAAACACACUUUAAGAGUCUAUUACAGUAAUAAUCAGACAAGCGUGGCACAGAAUAAGGAGAGGAUAUACCAAAUCCAUAUUUAUGAUGAGAUUACUGUGAAAACAGGCAAACCAAUAAAACUGCAUGUUCUGAUGUCCAACGCUCAUAAAGUGGAGAAGAACUCCAGUGAAGGCUGGAAGAAGGUCUGGGAGAGAGGUCACGGGCUCUGGAGCGAUAGAAUGAACGUCAGCGAUGGAGACCUGAUCAUUAAAGCAUUUACAGAUAAUGAUGCUGGAACAUACAGAGUUCUGGACGCUGAAGAUGAAACCUUGAUCACAGUGAACAUCACAGAAUCAGAUACAAAAUUAAAAGAGAAACUGGACAAAGAUGAAGACAAAACUAAUCACACUGAAGAACAUGGGAUAUGGAUAUGGCCAGUAGUAGUGUGUUCUUUGAUUCUGGUUCUGAUUGGGAUUGGUUUCUUCAUAUCGCGAUGGCACAGAAAUAGAAAUGUCUCGCAGGAUUCAGUACAGGAGCGCUCAGUGGUACUGGAGAAACUCAAUCCUAAUCCUAAAUGUGAUUAAACUCAGGACUCUACAUUAAACCUUGAGCCUUAAACUACUCAGGAGCCUACAAACACCUGCUGACACCACUGUUACUGAAACUUACCACUUCAACACCAACAAGAUUCUGUCAUCAUAACGGCAGCUUGAGGUGUGCCAGAAUAUGACUCUAAUAUAAUAUAGUGACUGUUGCUCAAGCGAUGAGCGAACUGACCACCAUUUUUAUACCUUUUUUUUUAAUGAAUUGACAUUUGGUUUAUACUUUUUUAAAACUUUCAUCAGCAAAGACAUACAGAAAUUCUAACGAUCAUAUUGAGAACAUACUGAAAUGUUACAGAAUCCAUAAUGGACAACUCUUAUUUGCACUGUAACAAAUUGACGUUAAAAAAACGGCCAUAUUUCACAGUAUGAUCAAGGGUUUUUUUUUUAUUACAACUUUAAAAUACUUGUAAUAUUUGUUGUUUUCGAGAAGGUUCUGUAGUUCUGUGAAUUAAUGUUAUUCAGAGUCAACACUCAGAGACUUUGUUUCAAAUCACACUCUACACCCUCUUUCACUAUUUCCUACAUGAGUUUAAUAAUAUAGUCUACCUGACAGUAUAAACACUAAUAAGUGAAUUCAGACAAUGAUGAAAUUAUUCCCUGUGAGGAAAAAAAAUUGAGAAACUCAAAAUGGAAUAAACAAACCCUGGGAUCUGGAAGAUAGAGGAUUUGCUCAUCUGACCCUUCACACAUCCUAUGAUAUAAGUUCAUAAUCAUAACUUCAUAUCUGUUAUUAUUUUGAGCCCAUGGUGUGUUCACACACUUCCCACCAAAUAUCUUUCUAAAAAAUAUGCACUCUUUUACUCUAAAUUUAUCUUUGAGAAUUUGAUGUAUUGAUAUGAAUUCAUGUCUGAAUUGGCUUGUUAUUGUUUGUGCAUCUGGCAUGAUAUCAUUUUACCUCUAAUAAUAAAUUGUUACAUUUUACUUA